AUGGUCUUUCGGUUAAUUAUCAUUAUUUGUCUUUUCGUCUACCAUUUUUCCAUCCCAGUGAAAUUGUGGCAAAAUAAUCAAACGAUCCAGUAUCCUACUAAUGAAUUUGAAAUACAAGCAUUAAUUAAGCAUGCCUAUGAGCAAGGCUCAACAAUCAUUCGUGUUAUUGGUUCAAAACAUUCUUACGAGAAAGCCAUCUCAGAUGAACAAGACAUAAAUACUGAACAAAAGUUAAUAAUUGUUUCAUUAGAAAAAUAUUACGGAGUGACGAUUGAUAAGGUAAAUAAUGUUGCAAUUGUCAAAGCCGGUACAAUUAUUGGUCCUAAUCCAGAAGUCGAUAAUAAAGACAUCGAAAAAAGUUUAGUCUGGAUUCUAAAUCAAGUUGGUUAUGCGCUACCAGACCUUGCCGGUAUUACUCGGCAAACAGUUGCUGGAUUUUUAUCCACGGGCUCAUCCGGUGGUUCUCUAUUGUAUAGUUUCUAUGAUGUACUUGUUGGAAUAAGAUUGAUUGAUGGUAAAGGUACUAUACACAAUAUUUGUAAACAAGAUUCUAAAUUUUAUGCAGUCGGCAUUUCAAUGGGUUUAUUCGGUAUUAUUACUAGUGUAAAUAUUAGCUUAACAACAAAGUCAUACUAUAUCAAGGGUUCAGAAACAAUUUCACCUAUAGUUCCGUCAUCAUCAAAUUUUUCUAUCGGCUGUCCUAUUGAUAUGUUUGGAGAUGGUAACCAACAAUAUCCAAGUCUCACAAAAUUCUUCAAAACUGGUGCUGAUUUUUCACGAUUAAUCUGGUAUCCACAAAAAGAUGUUGAUCGUUCAGUCAUAUGGAAGGCUUCAAAAUACGACCGAAAACCACUUCCUCCAAUUGUACCAUAUCAAGAAUUCUCUGACACAAAUAUAACAGCAGUUAGCAUGCAAAUUGCUGAUGCUUUCACUAUAAUGAACGUGUUAGCAGCAGACACUGAAGAAUAUUAUUCACUGGUUCAUUCAAUUUUCGAUCAAUUACAACCGAUUGGAAAACAAGAGUUUUUCGACAUAUAUUACAAUAGUUUACCUAUGGAUAACUACUUAUCAUUUAAAAUACUACCAAUAUCAUUCACUGAGCUUUGGAUUCCUAUUGACAAAACAAAAGAAGUAAUGAACAUUCUUCGAAACUAUUAUUUAACACAUGGUGUUAAUGCAACUGGUAAUAACGCUUUAGAAAUAUAUACAAGUGGUAAAAGCAAUUUCUGGCUUAGUCCAUCAUAUAACAUAGAUGUUGUUCGAUUUGAUUGGUAUUGGUUUAACAAUAAUCCAAUUGGAACUGCACCGAAUUUCUUUCAACAAUUUUGGGACUUAUUAAAACCAUUUGAAUAUCGUUGUCAUUGGGGAAAAUAUUUACCUGAUGAUUACAAUGGGGACCGGCUACAUAAAUUGUACCCAAUGUUAAAGGAAUGGUUAAAAAUAAGGAAUGAAAUGGAUCCAAAGCAAGUAUUUGUUACACCUUAUUGGCGCAAAAUAUUUUCUAUUCAAACACUUGAAAAAUGA